GUUCAACGGUACAACACAUCACCAGCGCUUGCGAAUCGCGCGGUCAACCAUUCGUUGCCAGUACUAGAGAGUUGAGAAAGGUCUCCCCAAAUCAGAAGCAGCAGCAGCAGCAUAAUCAUGUCGGAAGUGAAAGCGAAACUGCUCACGCAAGUGGCCGAACCGAUGACCUCGUCCGGGAACAAGGUUACCAUCGUCGGCAUCGGUCAGGUCGGUAUGGCCUGUGCCUUCAGUAUUCUGACCCAGAACGUGUCCAGCGAGGUCGCUCUGGUCGAUGUGAACGACGAUAAGCUGCAGGGUGAGAAGCUGGAUCUGCAGCACGGUUCCGCCUUCAUGAAGAACGCCCAAAUCAGCGCCAGUACCGACUUCUCCGUUAGUGCCGGAUCCCGGCUGAUCGUCAUCACUGCCGGUGUGCGCCAGAAGGAGGGAGAAAGCCGGCUGGAUCUGGUACAGCGUAACACCGACAUCCUGAAGGGUAUCAUCCCCAAGCUGGUCGCCCAGAGCCCCGAUUGCAUUUUGCUGGUCGUCUCGAACCCGGUCGACAUCCUGACCUACGUCGCGUGGAAGUUGAGCGGUCUGCCCAAGAACCGCGUCAUCGGUUCGGGCACCAACCUGGACUCGUCCCGGUUCCGCUUCCUGAUGUCGCAGAAGCUCGGUGUGGCACCGACCUCUUGCCAUGGUUGGAUUAUCGGUGAGCACGGUGACAGCAGCGUACCGGUGUGGUCGGGCGUGAAUGUGGCCGGAGUGCGAUUGGCCGAAAUCAACCCGGCGAUCGGUACCAGCGACGAUACGGAGAAGUGGGGUGACCUACACCACGAGGUCGUCAACAGUGCGUACGAGGUUAUCCGUCUGAAGGGUUACACGUCGUGGGCCAUCGGUCUGAGUGUGGCCUCGCUGGCUUCCGCGCUGCUCCGCAACACUUACAACGUGCAUGCCGUCUCGACGUUGGUUGCGGGCGAGCAUGGUAUCACCGAUGACGUAUAUCUGUCGCUGCCCUGCGUCCUCGGCCGUAACGGUGUUAGCCACGUGGUGAAGCAGAUCCUGACGCCGGAGGAAACGCAGAAACUGCAGGCCUCGGCCAAGCUGAUGGCUCAGGUGCAGGCUGGAAUCAAAUUCUAGGCGACUCACAUCCCCCAUACUCCUCUACACCCCAAUAAA